AUGCCCCGCCUCCUAGCCUCCAUCGGGAGGAUACCGCGUCCAGUCGUUGCGGCUCGCGCUUACGCAACUGCAGCAGUUACCGCGCAAGCCUCCUCCUCUGCUUCCACCUCAUCAUCCGCACCGUCAAAGGCAAAGGCUAAAGGCCGCCGUCUUGUCUUCAACAACCGCCACGGGCCUGGCCUAGCGCACUUUCUCUCCGACUCGCUCGUUCCCGACCCCCUAGCCCUUAAUGCUACUCCCGACGAGGUCCCGUACCUCUCCGUCAACGACUGGGGAGAGGGCCGCAGCUACUACAUCGAGGUAUAUGGGUGCCAGAUGAACGUGAACGACACUGAGGUGCUCAUGUCCGUCCUUAACAAGAGCGGGUACAGGCAGACGAAAGAGCUGGCCGACGCAGACAUCAUCUUCCUGAUGACGUGCGCCGUGCGUGACAAUGCAGAGCAGCGCGUGUGGGGCCGCCUCGGCGACCUCAAAGGUCGCCGGACAAAGAUGGAUAAUGCCCGGGCGCCAACAGUCGGUGUGCUUGGAUGCAUGGCCGAACGCCUCAAGGAGGAGCUUCUCGACCGUGGUGCAGAUGUCGUCUGCGGCCCAGACGCUUACCGCUCUCUGCCCCGCCUUCUCUCCCUUCGCGCCCUGGGCGCUGACGGCGUCGCCAACGUCAUGCUUUCGGCAGACGAGACGUAUGCCGAUAUCACCCCGGUGCGCAUGAACGACAAGAACCCCCACAGCGCAUAUGUGAGCAUCAUGCGCGGGUGCAAUAAUAUGUGCUCGUUCUGCAUCGUGCCAUUUACGCGUGGGACAGAACGAUCCCGCGACAUUGACAGUGUCGUGGCUGAGGUGCGUCGCCUCGCUGCUGCCGGUGUCAAGGAGGUGACGCUGCUGGGGCAGAACGUCAAUUCGUACCGCGACACGUCGGACAGUGCGGCGUAUUCUCUUCCAGAAGAGAGUGGGGCACUCUCUGAGGGCUUCCAGACCAUCUACCGUGGCAAGGAGGGCGGACGACGCUUUGCCGACCUCGUCGCAGCCGUCGCCGAGGUCGACCCCGAGCUCCGCGUCCGCUUCACGUCUCCGCACCCAAAGGACUUCCCAGAUGAACUGCUCGCCGUGAUUCGUGACUACCCAAACGUGUGUCGGCGUGUGCACCUCCCAUUACAAAGCGGAAGCACGACCACGCUUGAGCGCAUGCGCCGCGGAUACAGCCGCGAGGCAUUUACUCGCUUGGCCAAGCAUAUCCGCGAAACGAUCCCCGACGUCGCGCUGUCGACAGACGUGAUCGCCGGCUUCUGCGGGGAGACUGAGGCUGAGCACGUCGAAACCGUUGAAGUCAUGCGCGAGGUCGGCUUUGAGACUGCCUUCAUGUUCGCAUACAGCAUGCGCGAGAAAACACACGCCCACCGCAAGUAUGCCGACGACGUGUCCCAGCCCGACAAGGAUCGCCGCUUGCAAGAGAUCAUGCGCGCGUUUUUUGAGCGCGCGGCCGAGCGCAACGCCGCGGCUAUCGGCAGCCUCCAGCUCGUACUGUACUCUGGGAUCAGCAAGGGCAGGCACGCUGGCACCGACGACGGCGGCCGCCGCGUGUUCAUGGCGGACGGUGAGUGCGUCGACGACCUCAAGCCGGGCGACUACGUCGCUGUCCGCAUCAAUAGCUCGUCGGCAACUAGCCUCACUGGCACCGCGCUCGAGAUCACAACCCUCCAGCGCUUCUACCAGGAGAACCCGCAACCCAUUGGUGCGCCGCUUGCCAUCUCAUAG